UAAUCAAAUACGAUGCAUUACGUCUUGCCGUCGUGAUUGUAUGUGGGAAUAGUAAUAUCAACCAAAAUAGUAUAAACGAAUUUUUCAUGAAAAAUGAUAUCUUUGAUCCACUUGUCAAGACUUCUUAUGUCGCUUAUGAAGCUAUAUUGUUAUUGGGAAUAUUGGCAAAUUAUAAUAAGCAUGAAUCCAAAAAUCCAUAUAUGACAAAAAUUACCGAAAUAAAGGAUGAAUCUGUUUUUCAAAAAAUAUUGGAUGCUGUAGCAUCAACAUGCAAGAAAUGUCGCAACCAUUAUAUUGAAAUUCAAGAUGAUGAUGAGACUUAUAAAUAUUCAGUUUCAUCAGCUCUAUCAUAUAUCAUACCAUGGGGAAUGAGUAGCAGUACAAAAGAACAAUCUGAUAUUACUGAUCCCGAACAAGCUUUUAAUCAAUUGCAAGGAUUUGUUGCAUACUUAUCAAAAUCUAUAGCAGAAGCAGAGUCAAGUUUAGAUGGGCCUUUUGUUGAUUUCCUUUCAUUCGCAUCUUAUCUUGUACAACACAACCGCUCAACGCGCACUGCGAAUUAUAUUAAGUUAUUGUUAUUUGUACUGCUUAUCUUGACUGAAGAUGUAACAUUUGAUAGUCGUAUUUCUGAUGAACGCAAAAGUUUCUAUGUGAGGCUUUGUCGACAGCGACAGCCUUUACUACCAAGCGUAAAGAACCCUCCGUAUCAUUGGUCAGAAUUAUGGCAUUCUUUAAUUGGGUUACUCAAAUUCAUUCUUUCCAACUACGAUAAUUUCCAACAAGACCAUUCAUCUAUCAAUGAAAUAUUGACCCCAGCAAUAAACAUCAUUAAUCUGUGUAUCGCAUUUGGAGAUUCAUUUUUUCCGGAUACGGAAACUUAUGAUGGUUUAAUUUAUGAGAUUGUAAGAUCAAAUGAGGUCUUUGAAGGUUUAUAUAAAAUAGUCAAUAUACAAGAUCCAGCUAAACCUUCAUCGCAAAAAUUCUCGUCGUUCGAACAUGCUUUUGCAAAUAUAAAUACUAUUUGUCAACACUUUCAUUUAAAGAUAGAAGCUUGGAAAGCGACGAAUCGAGUAAAAACAUUGCUUCCUGAGCAGGUCUUGUCAAUUAUUAAUGCAAAUUAUGAUAGUUUAAAUCUAAUUACGCCUGAAAAACUUGAUAAUUACAUUUCCUAUAGUGAAAUACCAUAUCAG